GUGUCUUCACUUUGUUCAUUCUAAAGGCUUCCGUGGGUCCUGCAUCAACCAUAAAAAUUUCAUUUAAAUUGAACAAUGGUAACACCAUAAAGAAUUUCCCAAGUAUGGAUGCUUGCAGUGCAUUUGAAUUUGUGUUUAAUGCUGUCAUCAAAAGGAAAUAUGCAGGUGUUAGAACUUUGGUAACAGAAACACAACCGAGUUAUCUCCGUAUUGUGUCUACUUCUCUGUGCAGGCACAUGUGCAUAUGUGUGAGCGCUUCAAGAAGGAAAAGCCAAUAAGGAUAAAGCCUUUUGUUUCCCCUUUUUGGAAAAAAGAUAUUAGUUAAUUGAAAUCUACAUCUGGCAUUCUGAGGGAGGAUCUUCUGUUUUCUCUCUCUUUUUGGCUUCUUUAUGCUUCAGAUGUUCUAACUAACUUGGAUAUCAAAUGGUUUAAGUGGAAAUAUAUUUGUUAUCAAUACAUGUCAACUGUAACCAGUUUAUGACCUUAGAAGGUUCUGAAUCCUUCUCAACUUGUAGGCCCUGUAAAGUGUAAAGAAUCCAGGUCCCUUGGAUCUUAUCUUUUCUCAUGCUACGUGAUUGAAAACAUAAGCUAUUUUUUUGAUACGCCACUUGACUUUGGUCUCUUUUACAAUUGUUUACGAUUUCUUAUGCAAUAAGCUUAUAAGAAAUAUAUUCCUCAUGUUGAUUGACCUUAAGUUUACCUACUGUGCAUUCAAUGAGAACCAACAAUUACUUUAUUACUUUGGAUUCAUGAUUUCUGAGCUUAUGAAUAUAGGCAAAGCUUAAAUUGUAAUUUUUAAUCCGGUAUGGAGCAUGUUAGGCAAAGCUUAAAUUGUAAUUUAAGCUGGUCAAAUAUAAUUUUUAUCCACACUUUUUGUGACACCCACAACUUACUACCCACUUAUUAGGCACACAUUCCGUAGGACUCACAAGUUAUAAGCAUUAUAAAAAAAAAAAAACACAUAGUUCACCUCCAGAUAUUGUUCUCACUCAUUGAUUGUGCAGGUAACCAGCUCCCUUCUGGGAACUGGGCUGGAAGUGCUUGAGGAGGUACAACUUGCACAGUUGGAGCUCCCUAAUUUGAAUCAGUCUAGCUUUUAUUGUCUGUCUGUUGAGCAGCUUCAUCUACAGACUUGUUUCAUUAAGUUCAUUAGCGGGAGGAAGGUGACCUUGACACUUGUCUUGUUUGAAGCGAGGAAUAUACCCUUCAGAGGCCCUUCCAUCGCAUUUGGCAACUCCAGCUCACGGGUCACAAUAUUUAUCUGAACCAGUGUCAGCCGAAUUUCGAGAUGCAGUUACGAAGGUAAGCAAUGGGUAUAUGAGGAUUUUCCGACUAUGCAAGCGUGUUACCGAGGUACUUCAAGCUUCAAAAGCAACCCAAGACUUCGACAGAGUAUACAUCCUUCUUCAACUUCUCUUAGAGAGGGGGAGAGAGAGAGAGAUUCUCGAAAAGACUUCAGCUCAAAACAACCACCGGUUCUGUCUUUGCAAAACAAGCUCUAAAUUAUCUGUUCAAAACCUGCAUUUUGUUGGUUUGAAUCAGUACAAGUUGCUAAUUGGAAGAAGUACUCGAAAGUCGUUGAAAUAUGGGUUAUCUAUGUGAUUUUUGUGGGGAACAAAGAUCCUUUGUAUAUUGUCGCUCGGAUGCAGCAUGCUUAUGUUUGUCCUGUGACCGCAAUGUCCAUUCAGCGAAUGCCCUCUCAAGACGUCAUCAAAGGACACUUCUGUGUGAGAGAUGCAACUCUCAACCAGCUUUUGUCCGAUGUUUUGAGGAGAGGACGUCUCUUUGUCAGAAUUGUGAUUGGGUGGGGCAUCCAAGCUCGAAUGGAAGUCCUGCGCACAAGAGACAAAUGGUUAAUUGUUACUCAGGCUGCCCUUCAGCUACCGAACUUUCUUCAGUCUGGUCAUUUCUUUUAGAUUCCUCUCAGGUCGAAAAUUCCACCUGUGAGCAGGGAAUGGGUUCAAUGAGCAUCAGUGAUAACAGACCAAGGGACUGUGAAGGUCCAGAAGGAAAGAACGACACUCAAAAUGCACCUAUUGGAGUUGAAGCGAGUGACUAUAGUAAUAUGGCUGUCGAUAAAUCAAAUGUUAGGAUGAAAUCAGAAACACCUUUGCUUGAUCCCAAGCUGAACGAUGCAGAACGGCUAGUCAAGUCAACUUCAGCUAAUCCUAAGGUUUUCUUCUCUGGAACGGAAGGAACUGGUUUAUUUGGAGAUGAUGAAUUCUGUGAUGAUUUUAUUAUGGAUGAAAUUGACAUAAAUAUUGAGAACUAUGAAGAAAUCUGUGGAGUCAAUCUUAAUAAUCAAGAACAGCUAUUUGAUGAUGAUGAAAUAAAUGGAAUAUUUGGGAUGAGGGACAUGUCUGGUGCUAAUUUCAACUGUCCAGGUGCCUAUGCUGCUGAGGAGUCAUCUGCUGUGGGGACGAAUGUGGCACAACCAACAUGCAGCAAUGCAGCGUCUGCAGAUUCAAAUAUAAGCUGUAGGACUGAUCCAAACUUAUGUUUUACGAGGCAAUUUUCUGGCCUUAAUGGAGAGAGUAGUGCUGGAGAUUAUCACGAUUGCGGACCUUCCUCGAUGCUUAUCAUGGGCGAGCCACCAUGGUGUUCUCCGGGUCCUGAAAGUUCCACACCUUCUUCUAUCAGGAAUGUUGCAGUAAUGCGUUACAAAGAGAAGAAAAAGACGCGAAAAUUUGAGAAGAAAGUAAGGUAUGCAUCUAGAAAGGUAAGAGCAGAUGUAAGAAGACGCGAGAAGGGACGGUUUGUUAAGGCUGGUGAAGCAUAUGAUUAUGAUCCACUGAGCAAAACCCGAAGUUACUGA